AUGACCGUGACCGCAGUAGUUAUGGGCGUCACACGCAGAGAGACCGAGCCGCCGAUCACCAUUGCGACCUUCAGAGCACCAUCCGGCUUAUCAGACAGCACCUCUGGGAGUGCUCCUGCUUCGCCUACCCCUGGAUCGCCCGGAUCGCAACAGAUCGCGCCUCCCUCUCUCUGCGAGCGUCUCCCCCACGGAUUUGACCUAUCCGAUCGAAAAUUUGUCCACUUCACCAACGAGGACGACUACGAAAACUGCGACGAGCAGCCCUGCCCCCACUUCCGCUCGUCAUCUAUCCCUUGUCCUCGCAUCACCGAAGAAGAAGACAACGAGACCCCUACUCUUAUUAUCCCCACCGUCACCCGAUAUUUCCCGAUCCUCGUCCCUUCCCACGUGUCUACACCCCGGUCCUUUGCUCGCACCCAGUCUCCCCUCGACAUGUCGCACCACGACAUGGAGACCAACAUCGAGGACGGCUUCGCCGACCAGCCUGAGGAGCAGCCGACCAUGCAGCAGCGGCUGGCGCUGAUGGAGCAGUCGAUACAGCAGCAGCAGACGCUCACCUAUCAGAUGACCCAGCUGCUGUUGGCAAUGGCGAACCGCUCGUCCUCCGGUCACAAGCCGUUGGCCAAGGUCAACCCUCCGCCUACCUUUGACGGUAACCGCGCGAACGGCCGCGCCUUCCUGGACGCUGCGGAGGUCUAUGUCGGAUCCAUGGAGUUGUACUGGCAGCUGAUGCUGUAA